AUGAAUGCACAACGCACGACAAUGGCGGGGUGGACAGAUUCACGGGCAGACACGUUGUCGACUGCAGACGAGUCGCAACCACUGGAAAUCACAGUGGAAGAACAUUUGCAAAGUCAACGCAGUGCUCGACUAUCGGUAGAACAACAAACGCCGCAGCCGCAGCCGGAACCAACACAACAGAAGAAAAAUGUUCAGUUUGUUGCUGCAGCAGGGAAAAGUCGGCCAAGAAACAGCAAGAAGAAUGGACGAUGUAUAAUGAUUGUAUUGGCUGUGAUGGUGGUUAUUUGUGGGGCACUUGCCGUUGGGUUUCAUUUCUACAACCAAUCAGUAUUGAACGACGAGCAAGAAACUUCAGCGUCGGCAAUUUCAACCAACGACAAUGCCGAGACAACAGCAGAAAAUGAUACUCGUACGGAUGCUGAUGCUCCUUCCAUGGUAUCAGUAUCAGUGGGACCACAGGCUCCGACUGCUUCCCCCACGAUUGCAACGACUGCAGCUACACCUACAAUCACACCAACUGCAUCCCCAUCAACAACUACUACUUCUGCAACGGAUACACCAACUGCAUCUCCGACAUUGACAACAAUAGUGGUGGAUGCUCCGUUGUCAACGAAUACGCCAUCAGCUGCUCCGACUCAAGCGGCAUCACUUCCAAACUUUGAUUCCACAGUCGACACUCCAUUGAACUCUUCCACCAUGCCAGCAGUAACGACAACCCCCUCGUUGAGGCCGUCGCUCCGACCGAAUGGAUCUAGUAUAACUGUUCCCAGUAUUGCUCCGUCGUCGGUUCCAACCGCUGUGGCCACUAAUAUUGCAACCAACCGACUGGCAACCUUGAAUCCCACAGUAUCUCCCACCACCUUGUCUAGUACCAACGGCGAGAGACUUGUGGCUUCACCCACUGAUGCACCUACACUGCAGUCGAGUGAGUUACCAACCUCCCUUCCCACUGCUUCGCUCAACCCAACCGACGAACCUACAGUGGAAGCGAGUCUCAGACCUACAGGCACACCGUCUCUUCGUGCCUCUUCUACACCUACCAAUAUCCCAACGGUAGCAUCCACGACCUCAUCACCCUCUGAUAGACCAACGCGAGAAGAUUCUUCGGUACCUACCACAUCACCCACUGAUAGGCCCACGCGAGAAGAUUCUUCGGCACCUACCACAUCACCCUCAACGUCGUCACCAACGGAUACGCCAACGACAUUGCCACCCACAGAUUCUCCUACAAGUCAGCCCACUCCAGCAAUCACUGCAUCUCCUACAUCCAACGAGUUCGCCAGAGUGGUGAUUGAGCCGGAUCGACGAUUGAAUCAAGGAGAAUACGUCUUUUCGCCCAAUGGACGCUAUCGGGUUGGAUUGACCGAUAUUGGAGACUUUCAAUUGGUCGAUACUAGCACUGAUAAACUCAUUUGGAACGCCAACAUUACCGGAGGGUACCGCUGCUUUAUGCAAGGAGAUGGAAACUGCAUCAUUCGAGACCAAAACGGAAAAGGUCUGUGGUCCACCAAGACCUCCAAAAAUUAUGAUUCGCAACUGGUGAUUGACAAUGGUGGCAUGCUGGGAAUCUUGUACAAUUCAAGCUACCUGUGGAUUCAUGGAGUUCCACGUGAAACUUUUGAUGAUUCUACCAUUGGAGUGCCGUCGUCAAAUGACAUUCAAUUCCCCAUUCGUGGAGCCUUUUAUUAUCCUUGGUAUCCGGAGACUUGGACAGCAGGUGGGGAAAUGGCCAUUUUUGAACCCUCGGAACCGUUGGGAUACUACAACUCGGCGGAUCCUGCAGUGGUCGAAGCACACCUUGAUGACUUUGAAUAUGGAAAUAUCGAAUUGGGCAUUCUAUCAUGGUGGGGACAGUCCAAAAACAAUGACCGGGCAAGAAUAUCACUUAUUCAAAAUAUGACCCAAGCACGUGGAUCCAACCUCAAGUGGUCGGUCUACUAUGAGGAAAUGCACAAGAUCAAGACUCUCGAACAAGUUUCCAGUGAUCUAGCUUAUCUGAAGAAAUGGUACACCUGGCAUGAUACCUGGGCCAAGGUUGAUGGCAAACCAGUUAUCUUUGUCUACCACAAUAGAGGUUGCCACAAUUCAGAACGCUGGAUGGAAGCUGCCAAUGGAGAAUGGCAUGUGGUGCUCAAACUCUUUGGUGGAUAUAAAGACUGCCCAACCCAACCCAGUUCUUGGCAUAACUACGGUCCCGCCAAGGAGGUUCUUGCCUAUGACGAUGUUUCCUUCAGCAUUAGUCCCGGCUUUUGGCACGCAGCCGAGGCGGAACCAAGAUUGGCCCGUGUCAAUCAAACUAGGUGGUGUACCAUGGUCCAAGACAUGGUCGACAGUCAGGCUCCAUGGCAACUCAUCACAACCUUUAACGAAGCUGGAGAAGGUACAAUGAUUGAGCCCUCGGACUCAUGGGCCAGUAAUAGUGGCUAUGGCUACUAUUUGGAUUGCUUGCAUGACAUCUACUAG